AUGGAGCUUGCUAAGAAGUGUCCAUUUUUGGCUCGUGUUCCCUCGUCUUUCGUUCGCAAGGCGAGAGGCCCAGUGCUCGUUUCUUACGCCGAGCGUUGCCCCGUGAUGUCGGAGGUUUUGAACAAAACCGACGAAAUUCCCGAUAAGAACGAAGGUAAACCUACAUUUUUUGUGUUGUUGUACUUUUUUUUAAUUUGAUUUAACGUUUAAACAAUUAUGCCGAGCGAUCGAAGUUAUUUUCAAGCUCAUGUAGUAUAGUCAAGUUGCAUAACAUGUCAGCUGAAUUAAAACUUCCUUUCAUCACAGGAGCUAAGACCCACGGAGCCGCAACAUCAGCCAAAGGUUUGUAUUCAAUCUCAACUUUUCUAGCAUUAAGUCUUUCAAACGAGAAGGAAAAUUUCUUUGUCGACCUUAACUAUUGGGAGACCUAUUCAUCUCUUCGUGUUGUGUUUGUGUGAUUUGUGCGUGGUAAGCUGAAGUCGCAAUUUUAUUGUACAAUUCACUUGGUACACGACAUCAGUAAGAUCCCACAUUAUUUGUUUUUAAUUUAAGCUUCUGUAAUGAGUAGGAAUGCAUUGAAAACCUGUGUAUUUCCAAUAUUUGGGCUUUUUUGUGAUUUGAAGUGUCUCUGGCAAUUUGAAACAUUUCCAAGCCGGCUUCUGUACGGUUCUGUUUGUCUGCGUGUCAUCGUCCCAUGACAAGGCGGAAAAUUAAUCUUCCUUGACGGCAACAACAUUUGCAUUUACGCAUUUUUCUUUUGUUUGGCAUAUUCUGUGGGACAUGGUUGAUUACAGACAUUCUUGUCGGCGAUUGCUUUCCAAGCCACUUUUUCCGUGUUCCGAGUUUGUUGUUCGUCACGCAGUCGAUCUUGUUUUUCUAUAUUUGAAUCGGUUACUAGAUUUCGCCACCUCGUUUUCUUAAAGUGUCGCGGAAAAAUAUAAACAUCGACAAAGAUUGCUGACUCACUUGCAACGGAACUUAGAUUAAAACCUGAUUACAAAGGAGGUCAUUAACAAUUUCGGCUUAAAAAAAUGAAUAUUUGGAAAGGAUGUAUCGAUAUUGUUCAGUUAACUCGACAUCGACUCCAUUCAAAACAGCAUAGCAACAAAUUAUCUAAAAAUAUUUGUAUCACGCAUCUUUUUUAAGAGUGAUUGAAAUUUAUUCUCGCAAUUCUUGAAAUUUGGCCUUGAAGUGAAUUUUAAAAAAAAACUAUUAGCAAGUUGAGUUGUUAAUAAACCUCAAAAAACGGAUGUGCAUCAAGAGAUGAUAUUGGACGGUUUCCUUGACAAUGACUCUGCAGCUCUUAAUUACCUAUUUGGGAAUGAGGUGAACUCUAAAAGUAAUCGUUAGCAAUCCUCUGCUUAAAAAUGGAUAUUUCAAAGAUAUAAACAAGUUUCCAAGACAAAUGAACAUAAUAAUGUGCCACAAAGUGACACAAAGUAAUUUUUGAUGUGUCAAAGGUUACAUAGCCUAAAUUAUUGGGAUAGACCCAGUGUAUUGGACUUUGCAGUGUGAAACACUGGUAACCUGUUAGUGUCCUACAUGUUGAAGUAGUAUGAUUGCUUGUAGAUUUGCAUUUGGGUCAGUCUCCUUGCUCUCUGUGUAACUUACUAGCAAGUGUCACCAUGGCUGAAUAUUUAAAAUAAUUUUAUUUAAUUUACAUGUACCUAAUAAUUACUUAGACUUACCUGUUUCAAAAAUAAAGGCUAUAUUUUCAAACCCACGCAAGUUUUAAAGAAGAAUGUAUUUGCGUGAUAAGUAAAUAAACUUUCAAAAUAUCAUGUUCUCUGUUAGAUGUGAUCUUCUUGGUAACCCUUAGACAGCAAGCAGCUUUACUGGGAGAUCCUUUUUCAACUUAACUUUGUUAACAUUUGCAUUUGAGUGAGAUAUUUUUUAGAAGGUAGAUGGGCCAUUAUCUCAUAAUUAAACAUAAAAAAAAAGAAAAAAGUCCUGGGUUGAAACCACAGCAAAGCUACAAAGUAGGAGCACAAAAGCGCAAAACUUAAGAAUGUUCUGACAUGCCAGGAGUUCAAGAAUGUUUCUGAUAUUUUUUACUUUUUUUUCAUAUCUUUUUGCCUGGGAACCAAGAGAUGUUUACUAAGAAUGCUAAACUUAAAAGUAAAGGGCUAACCUCAUCUGUUUUCCUUCUUUUGAAUUGUAUUUUCAGCUGGUAAAUGUCCAGUUAUGCACAAUGCCACAGAGGUAAACAAUAAUGAACUUGUUACCUGCGCCUGUGAUUAUCAAGAAGGAACUGGGAAGAAGGAUACAACCUUGGAGUCAGGUAUCGAAAACAAAAACUUGUGUAGUUGCUUGAGUAAUUUGUGAUUGCUGUUGUAUAAGGUUUUUUUUUUACGUAUAAGAAAAAAACGUUAUAAUUUACUGGACUUGUAGAAUUAAAGGCUUGAGUUUUUUUAAUUUCUUGUGCCUCUAGGGGUUUUAUUAACCCUUGAACUUCUAAGAUCUAACUAUUAAUUCUCCCCUCCAGCUGUUCCACAUUUUCUUGUAAAUUAGCAAUGAGAAUUUAGAGCAAGAUAACAACAUCUAAGUGAUAAGUUUGAGUAUCCAUCAGAUACUAUGUAGAGUUUAUAGGUCUAGAAAAAGUUACAUGUGAAUCACUUCUGGGAAUUAAAGAGUUAAGGGCCAGCUAUCAUUAGGCUGCUGCUACAUACAAGUUGUCUUUCCACAAUCUGAUGAUGCUUUAUUUGGAAGAAUUUAUGGACUCUUUCAUAGUCUUAGUCAGUGUGAACAGUUUUCACCUGAAAAAGCAAAUUUUCUCUACCAUAUAAAAAAUACAUGAUUUCUAGUGGUUAAAAACUCUUCAUUGCAAAAUUUAAAAGCUUGUCUUAAAUUAACCUGUGCCAUCAGUUGAAAAAUUCAUCCAGUAUAGUUCUGUUUUAACUGAAAAUAAGAAGCCAGCAGUGAAUAAAAGUAAGUAAAGAAUGAAAAAGCUAGCAGUCAUGUUAAAACAGACUUGUAACAGAUAAUUAUCUUUUCUUUCAGCUGGGAAGUGUCCUUUCUCAAGUGGCAAGUUAGUUGUGGAUGCUGUGCAAAAAAUUCACCCUACCCCUGCAAUGAAGGUGGGAAAUGUUUUUGCCCAGGCCACUGGAGUGCGUCAACUGGUCACCAUGCCCCUUGCUGUUCAAGGUAAUUUGAAAACAUGUCUGGAGUGUAUCUACAGUCAAAGUUUCUUUUUCAAAGGUUAACCCUUAAGUCCUGUUAGUGACCAAGACAGAAUUUCUCCUUACAAUAUCAAUACAGUAUCAACUAGAUUAGUGAUGAGAAUAAAGAAAAAUAUCAAUUUGGGGAUAAUAAGUUGAUCCAAUACAAAUUCUCUGAACUAACGUUAUAAAAAUUGUAUGGUUGACACUAAGGACAAUUACAAAUUUGAUCUGGGAGUUAAAGGGUAAAUUGAAUAUCGUUGCGAUCUUGUUCCCACUCGGUAUACUUACCUACUGGUUUGUGUUUUUAAUUUUUCAGGUCCUGCACCCAGCAUUGAGGCCUUCCAGUCUCACUUUGAUUAUGACCGAUUCUUUUUGGAUGAGAUUGAGAAGAAAAAGAUGGACAACACCUACCGUAUUUUCAAGAGGGUGAACCGCCUGGCUGAGACUUUUCCACAUGCCAAGGAUUAUAGUGAUACUUUAGCUGGAAAAGAUGUGUCAGUUUGGUGCAGUAAUGAUUAUCUGGGGAUGAGCCGACACCCAGAGGUGCUGAAAACUGCAAGGUAAGGGAAGUGAGAAGCUGUAUUGAGGGUGAAAUGCUAGUGCCUUCCAUUUAUUAAGAAGGCAUUGCAAGAAACAGGCUGUUACAAACAUGUCACCUCUGUUUGAGCCAAGUUCAACUGUUACAAUAGGGGAACUUUUUUGUUUUUACAGGGAGACUAUUGACAAGCAUGGAGUUGGUGCUGGAGGUACUAGAAACAUCUCUGGCACAAGCAGUUAUCAUGAAACCUUGGAGAAGAAACUAGCAGAAAUACACAAGAAGGAGGCAGCACUGCUCUUUACUUCUUGCUAUGUAGCCAAUGACACUACUCUGUUCACUCUGGCUCGUCAAUUACCAGGUGAAGACAUAUCCUAAGUUUGGUAACGGAAAAGAUUUAGAGUGAAACUUAACACUAGAUGAACUUGUGAAGUAUUUUUGUAAUGUUGUGGUGUUGAUAAGAAAUGGCUCACAAGAUGAGAAAAAACAUGAAAUUUGAAAGCAGUGUGAUUAUUACAGAUUUAUAACUGAUUGGGCUAUGUGCUGUAAUCACCAUUUCUGUUUUAUCUUAACUCCUUAAGUUUCUUCAAGUUGUAAUCAAGAACAUGUUACCCAAAAAAUAUGCAGAUUUACAUAGAAAUGUUCAUUCUUUAUUCUCUUGACAUGAACUUACUACUGUUUUAAAAUGGUACCAUUGUUGUGGAAACAUUUUUAAUAGUGUUGGACUGCUAUUCUUGUUACAGGCUGCCUGAUUUUCUCUGAUUCUGGUAACCAUGCCUCCAUGAUCCAAGGUAUUCGCAACAGUGGAGCAAAGAAGUAUAUUUUCCGUCAUAACGAUGUAGAGCAUCUAGAGCAGCUUCUGGAACAAGCAGACCCAGAGGUGCCAAAGAUUGUGGCAUUCGAGACUGUGCAUUCCAUGACAGGAGAUGUAUGUCCAUUGGAAGAACUGUGUGAUGUAGCACACAAGUAUGGGGCUCUGACCUUUGUGGAUGAGGUAAGUAGUCUGGGAUUGAUGUCGAACCUUUCAAUCUGACAGCUAAAUAGGAAUGGUUCUUUAUACUGUCUUUUGUUAAUCUUUUCAUAUUUUUAUAACCUGUCAGGUUAACAAUCUAUGGAGAUAGUGAGAGAGAUUGUUUUGUCAACCCAAGCCAAUACGUCAGCUUAUAAGCAGUAUAUGAUUAUUUCUGGACUGCAGUUUUGAUUGAGAACUAUGUCAGUCUCCAAACCAACAUUGUUGGCUCAUUAAUUUAUAGCUAGUAACGGCCCUAGUGACACUGUCAUAAUCACAUUAGGGAGUCAAAUAGUAUUACAGCCUGUAAAGGAGUGUUUAAUUUAAGGAUAUUAGAACUGUUGUUUUUAUAUUUUUGUAUAUUUUUCUUACACCUUAAUUGGUGGGACAUGCCUUGCAUGGUGCGCCAGCGCUUUUGGUUUUCUCCUUCUCCACAACUCUUCUUUAUUGUAGUGAUAAAUUUAAUUUAAUUUAUUGUCUAUUUGUAAUGUAGUGGAGUGAAUCUGUAAUAAAUAACAGUAACCUGUUCAGGACCGGAACGUGGCCAUUAAUUCUAGCGUCUAUCUCUAAACCAUUGCGUUGCUUAUAAAGAUUAUUGUAGCACUGAUGAAUUUUUAUCAAUCAACAGGUUCAUGCAGUGGGUAUGUACGGUGACAACGGUGCAGGCAUUGGCGAUCGAGACAACAUCAUGCACAAGAUGGACAUCAUCACUGGUACCCUUGGCAAGGCCUUUGGAUCCAUUGGAGGGUACAUUGCUGCAUCAGCUGCCCUUGUCGACAACGUGCGCAGCUAUGGCUCCGGUUUUAUCUUUACCACCUCCCUUCCUCCUGUCACUGUGAACUCUGCUAUUACAUCUGUCAGUAUUCUAGCCAGUGAUGAAGGACGCAGUUUGCGUGAAAAGCAUCAGAAUGCUGUGCGCACCUUGCGAAACAAGUUGGUGAAAGCUGGUCUUCCUGUGGUGUAUGCUCCGAGUCAGAUUAUACCGGUGCAUGUAAGUGUCUGUAAUUCAUGUUUUGUCGAGAAAGACCGUAUUUUUAAGUUAUUUGAAUGAAAUUUGAAUGAAAUCUAACUAAUUAUAGGCUUCAGACAAUUUACGGACCAUUAUCUUUUUUUACAAGUGAGUGUUAAUCCUUGUGUUGCAAUGGCAACAACAUUUUAGACUUUCUGAAAAUGUUCCUAUAAAUCAACUUUGUAACGAAUGCAUUUGACUAAAUUGGAGAAGCCAUAAAACGCGGUGAGGAUUAAAUUUAUAUUUGGUUCAUCCGCAGGUUGGUGAUGCAGCCAAGUGCACAGCCAUCUCCAACGAGAUGCUGACCAAACACGGCAUGUAUGUCCAGUCUAUCAACUACCCAACAGUUGAACGCGGCAAGGAGAGGUUGCGUAUCGCUCCCACUCCUGAACACAACGAAGCCAUGAUGGACAAGUUCACCGAAGCUCUGGUCAAGGCAUGGAAGGACAACGGGAUGCGUUUUCUGACCCCCCAUUGCACCACCGCAUGCGACUGUCAGGAGCGCUGCAUCACCUACAAAGAGCUGGAUUGCAACAAGUAUGCUUCCCAGGUUGGAGCCUAGAAUGCCGGCCAAUAUUGCUCUCCGAAUCGACUUUUCCAGUGGGCGUGUAAAGCUCUUAAAAUGGAACUAUAUUUAAGAAUUGUUAAAUGUAAUUUUCUGGAGAAAUCUGAAAUAAUCAUACAGUGAAAUCAUCACGUUCUUGUGUCUGUGUGUUGGUUGUUUACUUUGUUCCAUCUUGGUUGAGUUUCCUUUUUGUUUAUGUCCCCGUGUUUUCACUGGUAAGACUUAAAAACUUGUGUUUCUUUGUGUUCAGUGUUUUCAAUUCUGAACCAAAUCUUUGGAGUUCUAUUGGUUUCGAGUCAUGACACCUUUAUCUACUCAGAGAUGCUGCCCUUAUGCCUUUUGAAACCAAUAAUGUCUGUUGUGUAUUAUGUGAGCCUUUUUCUGUUGGUGACUGCCUUAAUGCCGGUACAGAGAGUGCCACUGUCUUGCUUUGACGCAAGGUAUCCCGAGAUACUACCAGUUGUCGCCUUUGAAACCAAUACUGACCAAUGUAGGAUCUACUUGACUUGUUAUUUUCAAGGAACUGUGACUGCCCUUAUGCCAAGACUGUGUUAAAACAGUGAGUUUUCUUGCUGUUAUGGACUGCAAUGCUGGUUGCUGAAAACAUCCUGUUCGGAGGCCGUCAGUGCAUCUUGCGCUCUGAAGAGAUGAUUGCGCUUAUGCCAAAGCACUUGACAAUGAACCACAAAGCUGGUUCUACGCAUGAAGAAAGAGCCCUUAUGCCAAUUGGUCAACGACGCUCUAGAACUUUAGACUGUGGCCAACUUGUUCGAAACGUGGUCCUUAACGUGCCAACUAAAGGGAAUUGAAAAGUUCAGUUUAGUAACGCUGUUAUUAGAUUAGAUAAUGGGGUGACUGCCUUUUAUGCCAAAGCCGUUUCGGCUACGUAGAGAGUGGACAAAUAAUUUAAUGACACUGCUGUGACCCUACAGCUACGAAAUGGAACUCUUAGGUAUAGAUAAAUCGAUUCGCGGGGAGUAAGUUAUGUAAAAUUGGAAGAGUUUUUCAGGACAACGAGCGAACGAUGUUGGUUUUCGGAUUUCCAUUUAGUAUCUGUAAUGACCCUUUUCAUUCUUGAAGCGGUUCAUAGAGUGCAGAAGUCGAAGGAGAUAAAUCUGAAAAGACAAUUCUAGCGGACUGGCGAUUUGAAAAGAAAGAUAUGGGGACAUAACAGUGGGACGCCUUGCCUGUGUUCCCUGAUUCCUUUCUUUACGUAUUUUUUACUUUGUAAACUUUAUUAAUAGCACAGCUACGAAAUGGAACCUCCGGGUGUAGUUGAAUCGAUUCGCAGGGAGAAAGUGGAGUAAAAAAGGGGGAAGUUUUUCAGGAAUAACGUGCGAACGAUGAAGGUUACGGUUUCCACUUAGUACCUGUGUUGCCUCUUGCCAAUUUACAAUUAGCUUAAGAAGAUUUACACGUCUAGGGAGCUUCAUUCGGAGUAGCAAUUUAGCGGAUUUGUCGUUAGUGAGAAAAAAGAAACCGGAUAUGUCCUUGGUUAACAAUCGGUGUUGGGUUUUUGUAGAUAGUGGUAAGUUUUAGUCUUCUUUUGAGUGAAACUCGAGAUUCAAACUUGCCAAUUAAAAUGUAUUACUUUCAU